UUGCUGAUUGACUUCUGUUUUCAAUUAGUUUAGUUUUAGAGAAAUGUCUCAAAUGCAAUGCUUUAAUCUGUAAAUCUGAGGUUAUAGUUAAUUAUAGAGGUUGAUAGGGGGCAUCCCAUCUUACACUUUUCUGUAUGGUGAAGAAUGUGCUUGCUUUUCAUUUUAUUUUCAUGCUACACUGUUCUGAUGGUAGGGUUAUUAUGGCAUAAUGUGGCCAUGGUUGUAGGAGAUCUGCGUCACAUUGCAUGAAAAGUCAAGUUCAGGGUUUCACUGAAAGCAUGAAUGAGACAUGUGGUGGUGAUGAAGCUGCUGGGGAAGACUUUGAAAGAGAUCCCGUACAAGUUUGAAAUCAAUGGCACGGGAAAUGAAAGAGUCAAAUACAAAAUGCACUUUUUUUUGUAUAACGCGUUCCCACUCGUGAAAAUCCGAGCGCGUUUAAACCAUAUCAAGGUGAAACACGAAAGUUGAAUUCCAAAAUGGUUGCGGAGGUUGUUGUUGCACUGUCGCCCGUUGUCAUGUCCCCCCGGUGCCUGUAGUAGUGCUGUAAGAAGCCUCGAUCCUACGACCAAACCCAACACCCUGUGCUCCAUGUAUACGCGCACCGUAUAUCCCCGACUACCGACAUCCCAGCGUCGCGCGACGUCCGCACGAAGGCGCGUGCGAGAACGGAAGCAGGACGACAGCCGGAUACACGCCGAAUACGCCUCGGGAUCGAGCCGGUCAUCCGUCGACAGUGGGUGAAGGGGGAAAAAAAGCCUCGUCCGGCUAACGCUAGCGCGCUAAGCUAAAACCGGAAGCGAGCGCCUAGAGGAGCCUGGGCCUCGGCGUGAACGGGAAGGCAGGCCGAGAAACUGCGACGUGAAGCGGGUUGCUUUUCUACGCGACUCGCGAGGAUUCCGUAGGCCUCACGCUGAUGUUUCAGAGCGUUUCAGCCCUGGGAUGUAUGAAGGGAAACAUAUUCACUAUUCGGAGGUGGACAGAAAGCCGCUGUGUUCAUACAGCCCGAAGCUCUGCAAACAGCGACGGCUUAACGGCUAUGCUUUCUGUAUCCGGCAUGUUUUGGAGGACCGGAGCGCCCCUUUCAGGCAGUGUGAAUAUGUAGCCAAGUAUAAUAGCCAACGCUGCACCAACCCCAUCCCCCAGACCCAAGACCGCAAAUAUUGCAGCAGUCACCUGCAAGUUAUGGGGGUCCUGCCAAAGAAAGAGAGAAAGAAGAAGCAAGACACUCUAGAGUCCCUGGCCCUUAACAUCACUGUGCCAUCUUUGGCUCUAAAAGCUCCUAAUGACCUGGACCACUUACUCCCAUCCUCACCCUCUUCACUUACUCGCCUGCUCCCAUUGGACCCCUAUUCCUUCUUCCAGGUGGAUAAGGUGAAGAAAGAAGACUCUAACUUGGGGAAGAAAGCCACGAACCGUUCAAUUAAUCCGAAACAGAAACUUAAAGAUCAAACCGUGGCUUCAGUGAUCUCCCCACAUUCCAUCUCUCUUCUUUCUCAACUGGCUGUAGGACCUCCCCAAGCCCCUUUAGUAUCCAAAUCCCCUCUUAUAUCCAACUCCCAACAUCCAAAACCUAAAACAGGGCCGAUAUGCACAACAACGUCUGCUCAGGCUGCUCAUCACACAUUGACCACCAAAAAUCCCAAGCCAGAGAUACGUCCAGAGCUUGUUCUCACCAAAAUAGUUGUACCUCCAAUUUCAAGCCGUGCAAGCGUGCCUAUGGGCUCAGCUCAGGAUCCAAGAGCGCCAGCACAACAUCAGGCUCAAUGUUUGACGCAGCUUCACAGACUGAUGGAGCAGCAGAGAAGAAAGCAGGAAGAUCUGAGGCCUCAUUUUGACCCAGACUGGUCCGAGGACAGUGGAGAGGAGGAUGAGAGCCAAGUGAAGAAAGUGUCAUUGUCUAAGUAUCCGAUCCCACAGGACAAAAGUUCUGUUGGUUCUGGUUCCCGUGGGGCGCGCCUGGCGGGGCUUUGCGGCUAUUUGAGGCAAAUGCACAGACAAAUGCGUAGGGAGGAAAGAGGCUUCAGGAGAGAGAGAAAGUCCCAGCACACACUCCGCAAAGCUUUGCUUCAGGCAGCUACACACGACCCUGAUCGCACCGCUCCAUUGAUUGAGAAGCGGCGUACCGAAAUCUCAGCAACGUCAAGUACUGCAUGCAGCUCAAACUCCGGACUGUGUGUGGCUCAAGUUUAUGGCGAAGCCUGCACUAACCACUCCUUGCCUUUCACCAGACACUGCCUCCAGCACAUCCUGCAGAACAGGUCACAGCAGCUGUUUUCCAGCUGUACUGCACGUUUUGCGGAUGGUGCACAGUGUUCUGUUCCAGUCUUCGACAUCACACAUCAGACACCGCUGUGUCAGGAGCAUGCCAAGAAAAUGGAUAACUUCCUUCGUGGAGACGUCAGCCGCAGAACGUACCAUUACCAGCAGCAGCUGCAGCAACGCCGGAGGCUGAAGAAGGCCAAACUUCCAGCACUGGGCAAAAAACACAAGAAGAAGGGCAGAAAAGGAGCAGUACAUCGACCUCAGAAACCCAUCCCCCCUGCACUGCCCCAGGGCAACCUGGAUAUUCCAUCUGUCCUUUGCCUACAGACACAAACCACAGGGAUAAGGAGCCCCUUGACCCCUGAUCUGAGUGCUGAUGAGCUUCCGGAUGACAUAACCAGUGACAUAAGUGACAUUCCUCAUGACUUGGAGCUCAAUCAGGACGAUUUCUCAGAUGUUCUGUCCCGAUUCCCAGACGACUUGCAAGACUUUGAUCUGUUUGAAGGUAAGCAAAGUGAGCUCUUACCUACAUCAGAGGAAGCCGAGGAGCUGGUGCGUGUCCUGCAGGACAUGGGGUCCUACCCAGAAUCCUUGGCAUGCUUGAGCAGUAUAGCUGAAUUCGGUCCGGUGGAGGGCUCAGACUGCCGCGGGAUGGAGGGUGGAGUCAUGGACCUGCUCGGUGCUCGUCUAUCAGCUGAGACUCUAUCCAGUCUGGAUCUGGACCCUAGCCUGCUUCCUACAACAGAGGACACCUAUCCCCAUUCCCCACGUUCCCCCCUUUCUUCCAUCAGCCACUUGAGGGACAUCGCGCGUCCACAGAGGCGUCACUUAGCACACAUCGACGACUCUAAAGACGACCUGGUAGACGAUGACGUGUCCCACGGCUCCUGGGGUGUCCUUGCUCUGCCUCUAGGCGACUCGACUCAACUCCACAGUCUCAUCACCUCAGACGGCCUACUCAUGUCCACAGCCUUGUCCACGCCGCCGACUCUCAUGCCGACAGCCUCUUGCCAACCCACCGCCACGCUUUCCGCCCUGCCUGAGAGCAGUCUGACCAUCCCAGUCACUUCCCCUUCCUCUUCCUCUCCCCGGGUCGACUUCCUGUUCCAAGGGCAGCUUAAACACACACUCCCCUCUUGGUUCAGCCACUGUGGAAUUCCUGCUGACCUGCAGCCCCACCACAGUGCUCCAGCACCCACUAUGGACCAGACCUGAUCAGCCACCAAGUGCACAUCUCUUAGUAUUCAGGGAGGGUUUUCAUUUUAUAACUUGCAUGGGUUCUUCAGCGUUCCGAUAUCCCAACGGUUUUUUUUUUUUUUUUGGUCACGUUCACACCCCAGAGCAAUAAGGAAACCCCAUACGCAAGAGUAUACGACCCGCUUAUUUUCUACGACAGAUAAACGAGAUGGAUUUUAGCCAUGGAUGCACACUACUUGUAAUCUUAUAUAUGCAUAUUUAAUAUAUUUAUAGAGUAGUGAUGUGCACAAGCUAGUUUUAUUGAUGAGUCCAAAUGUCUGGUUUACUGGAAAUGUGGUUACAAGUCUAGAAAUGAUAUGGAAUGGUUAUUUGAUGGAAGAAAACAAUGGCACGCGAAAAAAAGAAAAAAAGAAAAAAAGUCACAGACGUAUCAGUUGUUCCCUCUUGUCCUUUAAUGAUUAAAGUGGUUAUAUCGCGGCUGGUGUUUGUGCUUUCCGUAGCUGUUCUGCUGUCGGGUUCUGCUUUUUUAGUGUCAAGUGCCAUGAAAGCUACAGUAUGUAAUCCUUUCAUAAUCAGUGUGCUGCAAAUCAAUAGUGUCAUUUUGAAGAAGUUUAAAAUGUCUUUGUUAUGAACAUCUCAUUCUGUAUAUGUAACGUAUCACAGAUGCCAGGAAUCCAUAUUUCCUGGCUUUCCAGUUAAUUUGUCGGUUGUGUCACCGAAAGCUCGCCAAUGCUUGCAUCAUCUCAAGGCUUCUGAUAAGAAUGGAUUGUAUUAAUUAUCUUCACUCUAACAUCAUGCCAAUCUCAUUCUUACAUAACGGGAUUUCUUCACUCGAAAGCGAAUUGGAGUCUGACGAGUAUAGCAAAAAAGUGCAUUUGAUUCGAGUAGACCUGCCAGUGUAUCAGAUAAUGCUGCUUUCAUUGGUGUCAAUAACAGUAUAUUAUUCCUGCGUUAAAUGAGACGCUGGGAUCGGUAUAUACUUUUAUUUCGUUGAUUUUUUUUUUACGUGUAAUCACUGAAUGUAUUGAAAGACAGACGGAUAUGUUUGUUAUAACCUAAUGGAAUUUUAUCGCCCCCUCUGUGUCUUGAACCUGUCUAUUUUUUGUUACUAAAGUGUCUGGAUGUCGGUAUGUGGUAAACACAGAUGUAUCAGAUUUCUUUGAUUUGUUUGUUUUAUCAGAAAUGCGUAAAUUAAAUCUGCUAUGGCUAUUAAACAAUGUCUGGGUUUUUGUCAUCGAGCAAUGUGCAGUAGCAUGGUUUAUAUAUCGUCUAGACAAUGACACAAUAAAAAUAAUGACAAACUCA